AUGGCGGGUGUUCGUCAUUGCCGACAGAUUUUCCGCAACAAAAUCACCGAUAUCUUCAAUGAUUUUCGACAGAAACGCUUCCAUUAUUCGCCAGAGCCGUUCCAUCCUAUACCAAACAAGUGGCCGAAAUGGAUGACCGCGGAGGAAGCGGUUUCUGUGAUAAAUUCGGACUGGCGUGUCUUCAUCCAUGGAGCAGCAGCAACACCUAUUGCCCUUAUUGAUGCUCUUACAAAGCACGGAAAGCAAUCCAGAUUAAAAAAUGUAGAGUUAAUCCAUAUUCACACCGAGGGCGUGGCUGAGUAUACAAAGCCAGAAUUCGAAGGAAUCUUCAGGUCCAACUGUCUAUUCAUUGCUGGCAACGCGAGAAAAGCAGUGGCUGAGGGUCGGGCUGACUUUCUUCCCAUCUUCCUCAGUGAAAUACCACAUCUUUUCCGUCGCAAGAUCCUCAAUUUGGAUGCUGCGCUCAUCCAAGUAAGCCCACCAGAUAAACACGGAUUCUGCACUUUAGGGCCGAGUGUCGAUUGUACGAGAGCAGCUAUACAGAAUGCCAAGUAUAUUGUUGGCCAAGUAAACCCCUAUCUUCCGAGGACGUUCGGUGAUGGCGUUAUCCAUCUGUCUCACUUUGAUGCAGUGGUGGAAUGCGAGAUGCCACUGCCGUCGGGAAAGCCUUCCGUGUUGACGCUGGAGGAACGCAAAAUUGGCCGAUUUAUUGCUGAUAAUUUAGUGCAAGAUGGAGCAACUUUACAAAUGGGCAUCGGAUCAAUUCCUGACGCUGUUCUCUCGAAGUUGGAAAACCACCGUGAUCUCGGAAUCCACUCGGAGAUGUUCAGCGACGGGGUAGUGGAUUUAGUAGAGCAAGGGGCGAUCACUAAUGCACAUAAAAAGCUCCAAACUGGAAAGAUUGUUGGGGGAUUUGCAUUCGGAACAAAGAGACUCUAUGAUUUUCUCGAUGACAACCCGUUUGUUGUCCUGUAUGAUAUUUCUUAUGUGAACAGUACUGCUAUAAUAUCACAGAAUCCGAAAGUGACAGCCAUUAACUCAUGCAUCGAAGUCGAUCUUACUGGUCAAGUGGUAUCAGAUUCUAUUGGAACUAGGAUGUUCUCUGGUGUUGGCGGCCAAGUUGACUUCAUACGAGGUGCGGCCUUAGGCCAAGACGGCCUGGGUAAACCUAUUAUCGCCAUGUCCUCAACAACCAAGAAAGGCGAGUCGAAAAUCAACCCUUUCAUUAAAGAAGGUGCGGGUGUGGUGACCACGCGAGCUCACGUCCACUACAUCGUGACAGAGUACGGCAUUGCUUACUUAUUUGGUAAAAACCUCCGGCAGAGGGCGUAUGAACUGAUACGGAUAGCUCAUCCAGAUCACCGGGAAAGAUUAGAGAAAGCCGCCUUUGAGCGCCUCAAGUGCUUGCCUUCUCCUGACUAAUCGAGAGGUAAUCUCCAGUGGUACGUUCUCGUGUGUCCCUUAGGGUACCUUAAAUAAAAAUAGUGAUACUGUUAUAUGACUUAUGUUCUUGUAAAGCCAAUGACCUUACGUAUAGUAAUUUAUUGAAGUCACUCUGCUGAUGCCUUGACUCACGGCUCUGGGUAGUUUGAAACUACUGUUUUUAUCUGGUGCGCUAGUCACAUGAGGCAAGCAAUUCAUGUACUCUUUAACGGCUGUUAGUAUUUAAUUUUAGAAUCGAGGUCUUGUGCCAUGGUCCACAGGGUUAAAAAUGAUAAGGUGGUGAUUAUCGGUCACGUCACGGACCUUGGCUUUUUUUCGUCCCCAGGUACACGCCUACCAGAGAACCACUAUCAUGCUCGAAUGUCUGCAACGUAUCACAAUGCCUCUCAUUUAUGAAGACAUUGGUAAUCUGUUACCUUUCAAUCGAAUAGAUUAUGUAUCAUUUAUCUAUCUGUAAAAAUUUCAUGCCAAGUUGUCUCCAGCAGAAAGGGUUUAAAUCCACCAAGAAAGAACUUCUGUACGUUAACACGUUCACUCCCCAUUUUUUUGCGCGCACCGCCAUUUGCAAGGUUUUGCUCCAUUGCCACACCACGAGUGUAGGCCGUGAGCCCAGAGCCCAUUGCCACACCAGGAGUGUAGGCCGUGAGCCCAGAGCCCAUUGCCACACCAGGAGUGUAGGCCGUGAGCCCAGAGCACACCUAGUGCAUAAUAACGUAUAUCCCAUAAUGCUUUACAGAACGGAAGCAUAUUCACCCUUGCCAGUCAUUUGAAAUACAUGGAAUAAUGCAUAAACUGCUCCGAAUAUACGCGUGCCUUGGCAAUGGUGGAGAAAACUCUCGCCUUGGCAAUGGAGCAGGACCCAGCUUUCAAGUAUAUUCGUGGCUCGGCGGCGAACGUGUUAAGAUGUACAGAGGAAUUUUGCGUCGUGACUGAGUCUCGUGACGUCAACAACAUGCAUGGCAUCGUCAAAAUCUGCGUGACGUAGCCACCGGUCACCAUCUUGAUAUGUUUUUUUUUAAAACAUUUGGGUCUUACUUUGCUUUAGUUUUGAUAUGAUUUUUUUAAAACAUUUGGGUCUUACAUUGCUUUAGUUUUGAUAUGAUUUUUUUUAAAAACAUUUCAGUCUUACUUUACUUUAGUUUUGUUGAGUAUAAAAACUAACAAGAAAGUAAGCGUAUAUUUUUGUGAAUGUUGUGUUUGUAUUAAUAAUGAAACAUGCAUGUUGUCGGAAGAACAAAUAAAGACUAAGAAUUUGGAACAUUCGGAAAGGCCAAAUAGCUGUCUUUUAAAUCUAAAGCUAGCCCGAGUUUUCCAGAAAUAUGGUAAUUACCUUUUAUUUCAACCCCUUUAACUGCGUGGGACGGUAAACUGGCCUUUAACUGUAGUGAGGUAUCCCCCACAGUACGGUAAACUGGCCUGGUAAAUCCCCUUUUAGAUUUGUUGGCAUUCAUCUGGUAGUGCAUGCGCAUUGAUGGGUUCCUUAGGCAUGUACCUUUAUUGAUGCACAUGCAUGACCGGAUGCAAAAUCAGGAAAUUAUGUUUGAAAUUCUGCCAAUUGUGGUGUCGAUUCAAAGUAUUCAAAGUAGUAUUAGGAGUUUAAUUAUCUUGUAAAAGUCCACUAUGGUCAGAAUUUUAUACCUUGUGCUAGUUUAGGUGCUCUAGUCAUCUUUUUUAUAGUUAAUAGUCGUACUUCCACCUAUCAAAUCCCCGUGUCUUUUGCGCUUACACCUAUGAAAUGCCAUGUCUAAAUAGACCCGUGUGUCAAAUCCCCGUGUCUAUUAGCCCCAUCGAGCUCGACGGGGCAAAUCGGGGGCUAAUUUAGACCCGUGUUCAACACGGGUUUUUUGAUAGGUGGAACGGCAAUUGCAAGUUCUAAGAUCCGGCGACAGAUGGCGCGGUGUAGUUGCCUCGGUAUUGCGCCCCCUCCAACGGGAAAGAAACACAGGAGAGCUCCCUUCAUACAGCGCACCUGUCGCCGGGGCUAUUAACCAUUAUCUAACACAACUGAUAGGUGUAAGUGCGCCACAGGUUUUUUGACACACGGCGAAGACACGGGUCUUGAAAAAACACGGGGUUUUAUGAUAGGUGGAACUACGACUAAUGUAUUGUAGUCAUGCGUCCCUAUUCUUAGUCUUUAUCUUAAUAGAUAUUUAUUCUUGGUUGAAGUAACAAAAUAUGUUAUCAUAUUUCACGAUUUUGACAAGAAUUUGUGUUAACUCACUUGUAUAUCUAAUUGUCUUAGAUUUUAGAAGGUAGGACCAUUUGGUGUUGUCAUGUCAGGAGAUUGUUUAGGUGACUGUAAACCAAAGGAUUUAAAAUUCAUUAUCCAACUUUAAGAUAGAAUUCUCUACCUAUUUCCUCUAAAUUUCUCAUCCCAUGUGACCCCACCCGAAGAUAUUUUUUGUUUGGCCAAACAGUAAACUACCUCUACGAUAAUGAAGGUAGUUGGGUACGUCAGGAACAGCCUUGAUUUGGUUUUCUUUUGGACGCUUUAUUCUAAAGGAAGUGACUACUUGGCAAGCCCGGCUUACCAAACAGCGACUUUUUCUUGUCCUGAAUGGAGAGCCGAACUCAUUAAUAUUAAAGUAAAGUCUCCAGCUCGCCAGACGGGGUAGAUUUUUUACCUGUUUGGCAAGCCCGGCUGGCCGAACAGGGUGGCUUUUUAGUGCUGUUUGGCAAGCGGCUCUCCAACCAGGACAAAAAAAGAUGCCUGUUCGGCGAGCGGCUUGCCAAAUAGACCCGGCCUAUUCUAAAACGUGUGUUUGCUCUGUUAUUCAAUGAUACUUAUUGCAAUUCAGUAUAUUAACCCAGGAAAUUCAAUGACAGAACCACGCCAGUGGGAUUACUGAGGCAUUAGACUGCACCUUUGUGAUGGUCUUUGACAUCGGUUUCACUGACCUCUUGGAUUGGAUGAAAGGUAAAGCCCACUCCUACAUGCCCGCAUGACGGGUAAUUUGCUGGUAAAUAAAGAGGACGACUGCCAUCAGCCAUUCCCAAAUCUCCUCUCCUCAAAUGUUGUUGUGCUAGUUACAGCUAAGCUGCAAUGAAAGAGCUUUAAAUAUGUGCCAUAAACUUGUUAAUUGAAAUUUUGGUUUAGUUGUAGCCAAGCUACCAUUGAUCGGCAAGUGCAUCCGUUUGUGGUAAACUUGAUAUAAUGUUAGUCAGAAAGGAUGCAUAGUUUAGUUGUAUCUAAUUGUAAAUUGUCACAAUUGAGCUUUAAAUGUGUACAAUAAAUUGUUCAUU